GGAAAAGUUCACUUUUUCCCGGCCAAAGUCGUAAAUCCACGCACUGAGGUCUGUUUCUUCACGUCACCUCUCCAAGUACUUCUCCGUUCCUGGGAAGUCUUCUCUACCUUCAAAAUGACCAUCGAGAACGGCGACGCCAUGACUGACACCACCACCAACGCCCUGGACUACACCAAGGCCCUCGAGGUGCUCCAGAACGAGUACCAGGAGCGCGAUGGCAUUGACGUGAAGACCCUCAUUAACUCCAAGGAGAACGGCGGUCUGACCUACAAUGACUUCCUCAUGCUUCCUGGCUACAUCGGCUUCCCUGCCGCCGAGGUCACCCUCGACACCCCGAUUACAAAGCGCAUCACCCUCAAGACUCCCUUCGUCUCCUCGCCCAUGGACACCGUCACCGAGCACAACAUGGCCAUUCACAUUGCGCUGCUCGGAGGCCUUGGUGUGAUCCACCACAACUGCUCUCAGGACGACCAGGCCGAGAUGGUCCGCAAGGUCAAGCGUUUCGAGAACGGCUUCAUCCUCGACCCCGUCGUCAUCUCUCCCCAGACCACCGUCGCUGAGGCCAAGGCUCUGAAAGAGAAGUGGGGCUUUGGUGGUUUCCCAGUCACUGAGGACGGCAAGCUUCGCUCCAAGCUGAUCGGUAUCAUCACUCCCCGUGACAUCCAGUUCCACGACAAAGUCGACGACCCCGUCACUGCUGUCAUGUCUACCGACCUCGUCACCGGUCCCCACGGCAUCGACCUCAAGGAGGCCAACAGCAUCUUGAACAAGUCGAAGAAGGGCAAGCUUCCCAUUGUCGACAAGGACUUCAACCUCAUUGCGCUCUUGUCGCGCUCCGAUCUGAUGAAGAACCUGAACUACCCCCUUGCGUCCAAGCUCCCUCACUCCAAGCAGCUCAUUGCUGCCGCCGCUAUCGGCACCCGACCCGAGGACAAGACCCGUCUGCAGAAGCUUGUUGACGCUGGUCUCGACAUUGUCAUCCUCGACUCCAGCCAGGGUAACUCCAUGUACCAGGUCGAGAUGAUCAAGUACAUCAAGGAGAAGUACCCCGGUCUCGAUGUGAUUGGCGGAAACGUCGUCACUCGCGAACAGGCUGCUGCGCUCAUUGCUGCUGGUGCUGACGGCCUCCGAAUCGGUAUGGGCAGCGGAAGCGCCUGCAUCACCCAAGAGGUCAUGGCCGUCGGUCGUCCCCAGGCCACGUCUGUCUACAACGUCACCCAGUUCGCCAAGCGCUUUGGCGUCCCCUGCAUUGCGGACGGCGGCAUCCAGAACGUUGGUCACAUCGUCAAGGGUCUUGCCAUGGGUGCCUCUUCUGUCAUGAUGGGCGGUCUCCUCGCUGGUACCACCGAGUCUCCCGGUGAGUACUUUGUCAGCCGUGACGGUCAGCUCGUCAAGGCCUACCGUGGUAUGGGCAGUAUCGCGGCCAUGGAGGACAAGAAGGCGGGAGCUGGCAACCCAGACUCCAAGGCCAGCAAUGCUGGUACCGCCCGCUACUUCUCCGAGGGUGACCGCGUCCUUGUCGCUCAGGGCGUCUCUGGAUCCGUCCAGGACCGUGGUUCCAUCACCAAGUUCGUGCCAUACCUCAUGGCCGGUGUUCAGCACUCGCUCCAGGAUGUCGGUAUCAAGAGCUUGACCGAGAUGCAUGAGGCUGUUGAUAGCGGCAAGCUCAGGUUUGAGCUUCGCACUGCCAGUGCUCAGGCCGAAGGCGGCGUUCACGGCCUGCACAGCUUCGACAAGAAGCUCUACUCAUAGACACAGAUCUGAAUAGAUCUACUUGCAUUGUAAGGGCGUUGGGUAUGGCUUGAAUUUCUAGACAUGCGAUGACGACUGACGGGACAUUUGGAGGAUUAGAUACGCUCAAAAGCAAUGAUACCACGAACCAUGUUCAAUACUUCUAUCA